AUGUCCAUCAAAGUCGACGCCGUCGACACUAAUUUUACAGUCUUCAUACGCUUACCAUUUCCUAGGGGCGACUUUGUCGAAUGGAAUGCAUCCAGAGAGCAAGAGCUAUGGGAUAUCCUUUCUCGCCCAUCCAAAGGCGACAUAGACUGUACGGCAGAGAACUUCGACGUCACCUUGCAGUUCCUUCGUCAGCAGGCGGCAUGGCUCUAUGAUCGCCAGCUGUCUCAGGUUCGGGCUCAAAUGCGCAAGGUCGGCACUACGCAGUCGAACGCUCCUUCCCCAGCCCCAGGAUCUGUCUCUGGUAGUACCGCCCUAAGUGGCCAGCCACAGAGAGAAAUGCUAGUCCCAGCGGCUUCUCGGGCGCCAUCACGGCAAGUAUCUCAACAGAAGGAUCUCCCUUUAAGAGGUAUGGAACGAAACCCUACCCGGCAUGGUACAGGGCAUUUGAUAUCACCCAUGGAUCGAACGCAUUUGACAUUCACUGCAGCCCCUGACAACCGACGUACGAGCGUUACAUCAAUUACGACUACUAACCAAACUCGUGGACCUUUGGAACCUACACGUACUGCCACGCCGACAAUCGCCGACAAAGAACCGCGUUGGGAAGCUUUUGGUCGUCGACCAUCCACUGUGAGACGAGAACAAGCACCCGUCGCGCCUUUGCCCCGAUCUCCAACACUCCAGGAAGAGUCUUCGUCCUCGAGCUUGUCCUCAGAAUCAGAAUCCGACGAUGAGGACACAACCAGGCGUGCACCUCGGUUCAAACGGUUUGGCAAAUUCUCCAUCCAUCGCUCUGGUCUCCGAGAUGAUGAGGAUGACGAAGAAGAGACUCCAGCAUUCCUCCCUCUAACCCGAGGACACCAACAUACCCACCAGGAUCGACCAGUCCAGGCACUCAGCGCUACUCUCCGUUUAGAUGCCGAGCUAGCAGCAGCGCAACGGCGACGUCCCGAGCCGCGGUCUGCUCCCAGAUUACCGGUAGCUACAGAGUCACCCGCCAGCUCUAUGGGCUCUGGUGGACCUAGCAGCCUACGCAGCCUACCCAGUGGACCCAGACAGGGGGCACCAGUAAUGAGCCCCCAGCGCGUUGUCGAGCGCCAAAAUUCGCACAAGUCCACUGCUUCCGGUCGCGAAGCUAGCGAUGGCACCCCUAGCAUGGGAAGCAGCUUCAGUGACCUCGACGGUAUGUCUCCCAACCCCGAGGAUUCUGGAUUUCAACUGAUCGACUGGCCAGAUGCAAGUGUGACCCAAUCAGCCCUGGAGGAGGCCCUUUUAAGCAACAUGCAGCAUGGUGGAAUGGCGAGUCGGAUGAGUACCAUCAGCCAAGCAUUGCGCAGCCGGUAUUUGCAGUAA